GAAUGACAUUUCUCAUUUCUUCAAAAGGGUCUCUUUGGUUUGGUAGAUUUUUUUCUUUCUUUCUUUUUGGGCUGUUUGGACGGUUUUUCUUAUUCAGUUUUGGGAAAUCUUUUGUUUUGAGAAAGUGGGGUGUGUUGUUUAGGAAUUCUGGGAAAAUGGGAUUAGGUCCUGAUGCUAUUCAAGUUGGGGCGUGGAAUGUGGGAAAAUCAAACGAUAAGAAGAAGAAAGAUGAGGAAGAUGAUGAGGGGACAACUGGGUGUUGGAUGAAAUUUAGGUUCAUAAGCUGUUUGUCUUCCAAGGCCAAAGUCGAUGGCUCCAUUAGUGGAAGUGCCACUAGUACACUAUAUGCGGAAAGUAAAUCUACAAAUGACACCAGCAAAGACCAACCAAUUGUUCGAGUUGCGUCAUCAUCAACCACUAGCUUUGCAGAAAGUUCUUCAUCCACUCCCAAUGUAGCUGAGGAACUUAAAAUUUCUUCCCAACUUCGAAAAUUUAACUUUAAUGAGCUAAAGUCAGCAACUAGAGGAUUUAAACCUGAGAGUGUUCUGGGUGAGGGUGGAUUUGGUUGUGUUUUCAAAGGUUGGAUUAGUGAAAAUGGAACUGCUCCGGCAAAAGCUGGCACAGGGAUUCCGGUUGCAGUAAAGACUUUGAAUCAUGAUGGACUGCAGGGUCACAGAGAAUGGCUGGCUGAAGUUAAUUAUCUUGGUGACCUUCUGCAUCCUAAUUUGGUGAAGUUAAUUGGUUAUUGCAUCGAGGAUGAUCAAAGGUUACUCGUCUAUGAGUUUAUGCCUCGAGGAAGCUUGGAGAAUCACCUUUUCAGGAGGUCUCUGCCCCUUCCUUGGUCGGUCAGAAUGAAAAUAGCUCUUGGCGCCGCCAAAGGUCUUGCCUUUCUUCACGAGGAAGCUGAAAGGCCAGUGAUAUAUCGAGAUUUUAAAACAUCUAACAUACUAUUGGACGCGGACUACAAUGCAAAGCUUUCUGAUUUUGGUCUUGCUAAAGAUGGUCCAGAGGGAGAUAAAACUCAUGUAUCUACCAGGGUUAUGGGUACUUACGGUUAUGCAGCACCUGAAUAUGUCAUGACAGGACAUCUUACUUCAAAGAGUGAUGUCUAUAGCUUUGGGGUGGUUCUACUUGAGAUGUUGACUGGUCGAAGAUCGAUGGACAAAAGUCGACCCAAUGGGGAGCAGAACUUAGUGGAGUGGGCGCGGCCACAUCUUGGAGAAAGGCGAAGGUUCUAUCGACUAUUAGAUCCUCGCCUGGAAGGACGCUUCUCAAUGAAAGGUGCUCAAAAAGCACUUCAGUUGGCUGCGCACUGCCUAAGCCGUGAUCAAAAAGCUAGACCUCUGAUGAGUGAAGUUGUUGAAGUGCUAAAGCCUCUGCCUGACCUAAAGGACAUGGCUUCUUCCUCAUCCUACUUCCAAGCUCUUCAAGUGGAGCGUGGUGGGUCUGGUGCAAACGCUAGAAACGGCAGCAGAAUGCAGACAGGGCUUUCAAGGACCGGGCAUCCAAUAAGAAGCCUCUCUGUAUCGAAUGGUCAGCAUGCCUCUCCAUGUCACCUUAAUCAUCGAAAUCGGUCGCCCAAACCUGGAGAACAGUCGCUGUGAUGAAUGCAAUUUGAUUUCUGACCCACAUUUUGUUUCUUCUUCUCUUAAGGUACUUGAAAAUAUGUUAGAGAAGUCAAACUCUGAGGCGGACUUUGGCAUUGGUGUGGAUGUAUAUUUUUUAGGGGUGAAUGAGAGUAACAGAAACUUAUGGGCUAGGAAAUUGUAUAAGACGUUGAAAUUUAACCAGAAUG